AUGGAGUCCAAGUCGUACGCCCGCCUCGCCUGGGACAUCAAGCGCUACGACGUCCUGACGCCGAAAAAGGAGCGCAAGCGCGUGCUCCACGCCACGAGCCACGCGGUCUACGGCGGCGAGCUCUUCCUCAUUUUGGGCCCCUCGGGCUCGGGCAAGACGUCGCUCGUGACGAUCCUCGCGGGCCGCAACGCCACGGGCUCCUGGAGCGGCGCGCUCCUCGCCGAGGGCGCGCCCGCGGGCCGGGGCCCGCGGCGGUCCACGGGCUUCGUCGACCAGCAGCCCCUCUUCUUCAGCACGCUCACGGUGCGCGAGUCGCUGACCUACACGGGCCGGCUGCGGCUCCCGACGGUCGGCGCCAAGGGCGUCCGGGCGACGGUGGAGCGCGUGCUCAACGAUCUCGACCUGGGACGCUGCGGCGACACGUACGUCGGAGACGAGCGCCUCAAGGGCAUCUCCGGCGGCGAGAAGAAGCGGCUGCAGAUCGCCGCGGAGCUCGUGUCGGACCCGAACAUGCUGGUGCUCGACGAGCCGACGAGCGGCCUCGACGCGGCGACGGCGCUGUUAACUGUAAGAUCGGUGUCGCGCAUCGCCAACGACGGCGCCAAGGCCGUCGUCGCCGUCGUCCACCAGCCGCGGGCCGCCCUCAUGCUCCUCUUCGACAUGGCCCUCGUGCUGAGCGAGGGCCGGCCGGCCUACAGCGGCCACCCGGGCGACGAGCUGCUGCGGCACUUCUCGACGUUGGGGCUGGAGCCGCCCGCGCACGACAACCCGGCGGACUUCGUGAUGGACCUCGUCGCCGUGCCCGACGAGAUCUUCGAGACGGACGCCGAGUCCGUCGCGGCGCUCGACCUGCGGAAGCGGGACCGGACGCGCGUUUUGGACGCCUACGGCGCGUCGCGCGGCGCCGCGGACGCGGCGCGGCGCUACGGCGCGGCCGCGGCGGCCGCCGCGGGAGAAGCGCGGGAGCGGCGCGAGCCCGCGCCGUCGUCGUGGCUCUACCAGUUCGACGUGCUGGCGCGGCGCGCGUUCACCUACAAGUUCCGCGACGAGAUGGUCGUGGUGACGCAGGUGUCCAUGGCGCUCAUCAUGGCCGUGCUCCUCGGGGCGAUCUACUACGAUUUGGGUCUAGGCCAGGAGUCGGUGCAGAACCGCGUCGGCGCCGUGUCCUUCUCCAUGCUGCUCAUGUCCUUCAUCGCCUUCGACGUCGUCUUGCUCUUCCCGAAGGAGCGGGACCUCUACAAGCGCGAGCACGCCGCGGGGCUGUACUGCCCGUCGGCGUUCUUCCACGCGCGCUGCGUCGCGGAGCUGCCGGGCCACCUCGUCGCCGGCGGCUGCUACGCGACGGUGACCUACUGGAUGAUGGGCUUCCAGCAGGAUCUCGGCAAGUUCCUGUCCUACGUGGCGCUCUGCGAAGCCUUGGUGCUGAGCGGCACGUCGCUCCUCAUCGCGUGCGGGUGCCUCGCGAAGGACUUCGAGGGCGCGAACAACAUCGCGACGGUCGCCUACUGCCUCUUCAUGAUGUUCGACGGCCACUACAUCAACAACAAGUCCAUCCCCGAGGGCGCGCGCUGGAUCAAGCAGCUGAAUUUCUUCAACUGGGGCAUCUCGGCCGCGGCGCGGUCCGAGCUCAAGGGGCUGGGCGAGAUGCACGGCUGCCGGGACCCGGCGUCGCAGAAGUGCGUCUUCCAGCGGGGCGACGACGCCGCGGACUACUACGGCUACCACCAGACCGUCCGGGAGGCGCUCGCGGCGCUCGCGCUCAUCUGCGUCGUCAUGCGCUUCCUCGGCUUCCUCGCCUUCAAGUACUUCUUCCAGGACCAUCCCUUGUUCGCGCCGAAGCCCAUCCCCGACGACCUGCCGCCGGAGCCGGCGCCGGAGCCGGCGGCGCCGGCGCCCGAGGACGGGCCCGAGGACCUCGAGGAGCCGGCGGAGCCGCCGCGGGACGCGCGCGCGUCGUCCUGGGCCGCGACGCCCGGCGGCUUCGUCCACGUCGGCGAGGCCGAGGACGCGUCCUACUCCGACGUCCUCCUCUGCAACUUCUCCUCGGCGGACCGGGCCUCGCCGUCGUUCAUCGACGCGCCGUCGAAAUAA